UGGGAAUUGGAGCAAAAGGAGAAGAAUAAGCUUAACUUGGAGUUUUGGGUAUUGUUGCAAGUCAUGGCCACAAACAAAGAGCACACUAGGAUUUGCAUUCUUUUUCUCUAUUUGGCUCUGGCAACUAUUUCCUUCUAUCAAUGUGAGGCAAGAAGAUCAAUGAGAUUACUAAAAGCUGUUCCAAGUCCAGCACACCAGAGAAGUCUGUUUCUCAAAGCUGCAAAGAAUUUGAAGUUAAUUAAGCAAAUUGAUUUUCCAUUGGAGGGAUCAAAGGAAAUCCAGCCCUAUGGUGUGAGCUCACCACUUACAUUGCCACCUUAUGAUUCAUUGGCUCCAAUUUCCUUGCCUGAAAAUGCACCUCCUUAUUGUACAACUGCACCCAAUACCCCACAAACCCCUUCUACAAUUUUUACCCCUACUCCAUCAACACUCUAUCCACCAAUCCUUCCUUUUCAAAGCCCACCAGCAAGCCCAAUUAUCAUUAUCCCAGGCCCACCAGAAUCUAUCUCUACUCCGAAUCCACCCGUAACCUUCCCAAGUCCAACAAUUAUUAUACCAGGCCCACCCGAAUCCACUCCUAAUCCACCCGAAACCGUCCCAAGCCCAACUGUCAUAGUCCCAAGCCCACCAGACUUUAUACCUAGUCCCACUAUCUAUAUCCCAAGCCCACCUGAUUAUGAGCCCAGCCCGCCGGCCCUUGUCCCAAACCCACCUUCUUCGGUGCCAUCUCCUUUCGGGUUUCAGCCAAGCCCACCGGUGUUCGAGCCUCCUAUUAUCUUCCCCCCACCGACCACACCACCGACCCCGAAAAGAGGCCCAAAGGCGGCCCUGUGGUGCGUAGCUAAGCCGUCAGUGCCCGACCCAAUCAUUCAAGAAGCUAUGAAUUAUGCUUGUGGAUCGGGAGCGGAUUGCGGGCCCAUUCAGCCCAGUGGGCCGUGCUUUGAGCCCAACUCAUUGUUUGCCCAUGCUUCCUAUGCCUUCAAUAGCUUCUGGCAAAGGACGAAGGUUGCUGGUGGCACUUGUGAGUUUGGAGGAACUGGCAUGCUAGUCACUGUCGAUCCAAGCUAUGAUGGGUGCCACUUUGUCUAUUAUUGAUCAGAGGAGACAAGAUCACAAUCACAAUCACAAUGCAGAUCAUUUUUUUUCUUUUUUCUUUUUUCUUUUUUCCUUUUCAAUUUAUCGACACGAAAGGUACAAAAUUUCGGUGUAUGUGACCAUAAUUUGAACAGGAAUUUUGUAAGUAAAAAUUAUGUAGGUUACUGGUUGCUCACUGAUGAAUGUAGAUUUCAAUAACUUUCCUGCUACA